AUGGCUGAAGGCCUUCGUAAGAAGAAAGGAGGCCAGGAAGGCGCGGCCGAUUUUGAUGAAAUAAAACGUAAACUGGCAAAUAGUCUGCUUUCUGACUCAUCUUUUACUGACAAGCUGAUUGAAUGUAUUUCUUCUACGAUUGUUGAUACUUUGCUCAAGACGGAAUCCUUUAUGUCAACGCUUUCAAGCGAAGCAGCCUCGAAGCUUGGCAAAACCUCACAAUUCAAGCAAGAACUCAAAUCUGAAAUUGUAGAUGACAUUAAAGAGAAUGUUACACAAAAUGUCUAUCAAGGAAUACAAUUUGAUCAUGGUAAUCUGGCAGAUGAAGUAAAUAACUUAAAACACAAGAUGUCUUUACUCGAAGGCGAGAAUCAAACUCUGCGCGAUGAGUUGGACUGUUUAGAGCAAUAUGGUCGAAGGAAUUGCCUAUUGAUUCACGGUCUACCGGAAAAAUCUACUGGGAGCGUUGAAGAUACUGACGAAGCAGUCAUUAAUGUGAUACGAGAAAAGCUUAAUGUUGAACUAAGCCGCAAUGACAUUGACAGAUCACAUCGCCUUAUACGACGACGCUCCUCUACUUUAGCAAAACCGAGACCAAUCAUUGUAAAAUUUGCGAGAUAUAAUAAACGCUCAGAAGUAUUCCGAAAGAAAAAACAUCUGAAGGGUUCUGGGGUUAGUAUCUCGGAGAGCCUGACUUCUAAGCGUCAAGCGCUCUUAACAGCAGCUGACUCCCAUCCUGAAACUUCGACUGCUUGGUCCAUGGAUGGUAGAAUAAUUGGCCUAUUGCACAAUGGUAAGAAAAUCGUGCUGGAGAAACAAAAAGAUAUCAACAAGCUUCAAAGCUAA